AUGAAGAUAAAAUUGACCACCAUUUCACAAAGAACUAACAUUAGAAUCAAGGAAAUUGUGGAAGAGAUUAUUCUUCCGUGUUUCAUUCGUUCUCUCCAGAACUUUUUGAACAAGGCAUUCGAUGAGAAAUCGACUCAAGAGAAACAAACCAUUGAGUGGGACUAUCAAUUGUACACAGAUGUGUAUUCCUUGUUUAUGGACGUCACUGAUGAACAAGACACACGUAAUGUUGAAGAGGAUAAUCCUCAACCUGUACAGUCCGCCAUGGAUUUCAAUCAAGGAAUGUCGAAUUGUUUCCAAAUGAGGAACAGAUUAGAUAUGUCGAGAAUUUGUUGGCUGCAGGAUUAA